GUACUUGAGGUGACGACACCGAUUUUCGUCUACACGGUCUGAUGUUGCUUUGGCGACGAUGAUGCCAUAAUGACACGUUCCAGAACGUUUAAAGUAGAACACUUAAGAAAACGAAAUCUUGAUCAAACCUUAUCGAAAUCCCUUUCAGAGAGCGCAAACAUUUAAUCCUACCGAGACAUUCAAAAGAUAUUCAGCUGAUUUGAAACAUGAAAGGCCACAAUGAGGUAAUUUAUGAAAAGCAAUUUAGGCCAGAGAUUACAGAAGUACGUUUUUCUGCAUUUUUAUUAUCAACUAAUUUCUUAAACUAAUUGAACGAAAUUCCAUAUUGUUAGGCUACUUUUAAUCUUGGCUGUUUUUUUAAGUAUUACUCAAUUCUUAUUACUAUUUCUGAACACUGAAUGUUUUCAAAGACUUUCCUUUCCUGCUGUGAUCUACACCAUAGAGUAUUUUAGCUGGGAAAGGAUGUCCCACGAGGAGUUUACAAAAAAACAACAUCAUUUCAAUUCACUGUAUGUCAAUUAGUGAGAAUAUUCUGUUUGUAACCCUUUGGGCUCUGACUGACAAAUCUCUUGCAGAAGGAAAUGCUUUUGAUCUUCAUGAAGCUUCUACAGCAGGGAGCCAUAAAGCCCCAUUUCUCUGUGCAUGACAUGAUCGAGUAUAUGAUCCGUCAGGAGAGAGAAGCCUACAUGGAGAGGUCCUGUCAAAUGAACGGCACUGUCGAUGGCAGUUCCUGUCUGAUGAUGGAAGUGAAGGCACUUAUUAAGCUGCUGGAUAUCCUACGGGAAAUUGAGCAAGAACUGAUGGAGGCUAAAGAGUCUUUGCCCACAGGCCUAUUUGAUCCUAGCGAGCCAUCAACAGACAACAGCUCAUUGAAAGCGGUUCAGAUGGCCGUGAAGGUGAUGGGCUACCGCUUCAUCUACCGGCCAUUUGGCCCAGAGCACUAUCUCUCGGAGGUGGUGGUGGAUGUCGUUUCCAGGCUGGUCCAUCUCAUGGAGACCAACCCAGCAGAUGCUGCCCACCGUGCCCUGUCUGUGUUUCUGAGAGGCAAAGCCAGUGUUAUUGCACUAGAAGUGCUGAAAAAACUUCCAAAAGAUCAGAACAUUGCCUACUACACUCAUCUGACUGCUCAGAGGAUAGUCGAGUCAGUUCAGCGCAAACUGUUAAAGUCCACAGAGAUAACAAGUUUGGACCCAGGAAGCAACAAUGAUAGACUAAUAACUGAAUUCACUUCAAUUAUCAUAGCUAAAAUUGAGAAGCUUUUCCGUCCACGCUGUCUGCCAUUGGAGCGUGUGAACAUCAUCACCGUCCUUUUGAGGGCUUCUGAGAACAGACAUCAUGCAGACUCCAUGAAGUUGGUCAUUCAUUCUGACACUGUGACGUGUGUCAUAGUUCUUGUGCUGCACUUGAUAUUUUCAGAGGAGAACAAUGAUGUUGAAUCGUUGCAUACCUGGCCAAUUGCAGAUGAAGUGGUGGACAGACUUGCCAUGUCUGGUGCAAGAGUGACCAAAACACACCACAAAGACAACUUCCAUAUCGAGCUAAGGGAGAUAAUUGAAAUGGUUCACUCCAUUUAUGCCCAGCUACUUGAUGGUUCUGGAACAAAGCUGAUUUUACAGUAUGCUAUGUCGGCCAGGGCUAGGAUGGCUUCUAAAGAUUUCGCUUGCUUUGUGGCCGAGGCAAUAUUGAAGGCACACCAGGAAAGACCUGACAAUGUAGUUAGUGCAAUAGGGAAGGAGUUGCCUUGCCACAAUCUGAAAAAUGUGUUCAGAGACCUCGUGGCCAGAUUUGUCUGCCAACUUUUCUCUGUCUCUUUCGCGGAAGAUGGCCUUAAAUGCCUUCAGCUGGCUGAGCAGCUGUGUGCUCUGGUUCAGCGAGAUGUAGAAGAAGUGAAAGAUGCAACCUUCCCGUCUGGACUGGAGGAACUGCAAGAAUCAAGUGCUAGUGUCAUCCAAGAGAUUGCGGUUGAAUGUUACAGUGACUACUUGCAGGCCUUCCCUUCGAGAGAUGACUGGGCAGUCGAUUCAUUUCUGAAAGAUGAGGAGCACUGUAUGCAAACAUCUGGCAUCAUUAUAACAAGCCUUUUUAAUUAUUUCAAAGCCCCUCUGAUUCCCUGUGACAAAGAACAAGACAAUAUAAAAGAUUCUGAAGCUACACCUAGCAAAGAGAAACAAAAGGAUGAACACAGCCAAAGAAAGAAUGGAUGUGUUGCAUACAUAACCUUGAGCAUUGAGGAAUGUGAGGAAGAGAGCACCCCACCAGCCCCUCUGAUUCCCUGUGACAAAGAACAAGACAAUAUAAAAGAUUCUGAAGCUACUCCUGGCAAAGAGAAACAAAAGGAUGAACACAUCCAAAGAAAGAAUGGAUGUGUUGCUUACAUAACCUUGAGCAUUGAGGAAUGUGAGGAAGAGAGCACCCCACCAGAGAAAAUCAAGACCUCCAAAAAGGGCAUCAGAGGCUUUUUUAAGAGACUGUGGAAGGCAGUAAACUGCUGUGCAGCCUCCCAAGAGGUUGACUAA